UGUGACCUGCUGCUUUGGCUGAUCUGCUGUAUCUGUUGCUCUGAUGGAGCUGGUCAGUGAGAUGUUUAAGCUGCUGCUUCUGCUGACGACUUUGGUCUGUUUGGACUUUGGUGUCGGGUCAGCAGAUCCUCCUGGUCCUGAUCCCCCUCAGCUCUACGCUUCUGGUCCUCACCAGGAGCUGAAGGAGCCGCUCGACAGGUCCAACACUCAGGUCAGAACCGUCUCUGUGACCUGCUAUCCCACCUACAUGGAUGUCCGGGUGAAGGCGGAUCUGUUUGGGCUGGGGAUGAUUGUGGACCCUGCAGACCUGUGGCUGGGAGCUAAUGACCAGUCCUGCAGAGUGACCUCAGCUUCUGAUGAAGAGUACAUCAUCCAGUCAGCCCUGAUGGACUGCGGCACUCAGCAGUGGGUGACAGAAGAAGCCCUUAUUUACACUAAUCUGCUUGUCUACUCUCCAUCGCCCUCUCUGGGUGGACUGGUUAGAAUGGAGGGUGCGGUCAUUCCUGUUGAAUGUCAUUAUAAAAGGAAGGUUGUUAUUGACAGUGACCCAGUUCUGCCCACCUGGAUCCCCCACCAAACCACCGUGUCUGCACUGGAAAACCUGCACUUCACACUCAGACUGAUGACCAGUGAUUGGCUGUGGGAGCGAGGCUCUGGCGUUUACUUCCUGGGGGAUAAGAUUAAUAUUGAGGAGGUUAUUUAUACGCCCCGGAUGGAUUUGCGUGUGUUUAUUGAUAGUUGUGUUGCCACGACAACUCCUGAUACAAAUUCAGCCCCCAGAUAUGCCUUUAUUGAUGAAGGGUGUUUGUUGGAUGGUCCGCUGACCGGCUCAAACUCUUACUUCCUGCCCAGAGAGCGUCCGGGCAAACUGCGGCUCCAGCUGGAUGCCUUCAUGUUCCACCAGGUGGAGAGCGCUCAGAUCUUCAUCACCUGCACUCUAAAAGCUUAUCCUCUUAAUUAUGUGAGUGAGUCCAUGAGCAAGGCGUGCUCCUUCAUAGAUGGCAGCUGGAGAUCAGCGGAGGGAGAUGAUUGGACCUGCAGUAGCUGUCAGAACCGGUUCCAGUCUGAUCAGCUCGGGUGGGACCAGGCUGUGCCGUUCUCCCCCAGAGCUCUACCGGAGUCUGGCUGGAGGAGCACCGGGGUUUCUCCAAGGAUGGCGAUUGGUUCUGAGGCGCUGGAGCAGGAGGCAAGCGUAGGCCCGCUGUCUGUGGUCGCCUGGAGGAAUAAACUGGGCAUGAUGGCGCCCCCUAGAGCGAGGGGUGUUCCUCACUUCCCUUCAGUCAGCAAAAGGAGACCCAUCCCCCAUCACAGCCUGUGGAGGAAUGGAGAACCCAGCAAGAAAGAUGUGGAGAAUGCGGCCGUCACGGAUGCAGAAGAGUUUGAGUUCACAGAUCUGUGGGAAGACAGGCGGUCAGCAGCAGAAGACUCUGAGGCCGAUGGAGCUCCUGAAUCUGAACCCACAGAAACUCCAACACCUUUCACAGCCUCCUCUGAGCCCCUCACAGCAGAAGAUGAUUCUUUUCUCCUCCCAACUGUGAGCUCACCUGAGGACAUGACUACAGUCCAUUCGCUGGACUUCAGCCCUGCGGCAGAUGAACUAGAUGCUAACUCCAACUCUCCAGUCUAUCCUUACAGUAGCACGAUGCUAAACGCUACAUCGUCGGAAAGUAAAGCCGACACAGUGACCUCCACUGUCUCUGAGGGCCGUCCUAAAGGUUUACGGAAAGGACCAGUCUGAAGUGAUGCGAUGUGGAUGGUCAGUUUGAGAAAUAAACGUUCC